GGAUGAUGGAGCCUUCAGUUUCCUGUUUUCCUGGAUUCUUCAUGGCCUUCUUUCUCUUACAGAUCACAAUACUCACCCAAGCUAUGAGCAUGGAUAUACAGAUUAACAUUCAGGUUCCAGGUACAGAAGGGGUACUGGUGGAGUGUACUUCAGGAAGCUUGAACCCCCCUGCUGAGAUGAAAUGGAGAGACAGCAAGGGAAAUAUAAUUCCACAUUCAACCACAGUUGACUCUCAAGAUACAGCUGGGUUAUUGAAUUUGAAGAGCAGCAUUCUUCUGAAGAACAGAGUACAAGGUCCUAUUACUUGUUCCAUUUACAAUGUAACUACUAAUCAAGAGAAAAAAAGAAGUAUUGUCCUACCAGAUGUUCUGUUCAAGUCGAAGUAUAUGUCAUUGAUGUCAAACAAAUUUUCAUGUCCUUUAAUAUAUUUAUUCAUUAUACUUUUUCUUAAUUGUCUCAGAGGAAUGCUUGAUUGCUACAGUCUCAAAGGAAACAAUGCUUAUUUCAGAAUACUAAUGAGUAGAAUCAACGAAGUUUUGAGCAGUAAAAUGAGAGCUUGCUGUACACUUCUCUGGGAGUGUGUACUGUUAGCUUUGUAUAUUGGCUUCCUCCCUCUCUACUUGAAUUUCAGGAGCCAAGCUUCUAUUUUGGAUGAUGCAUAUCCAUUGUAUAGUAGUUGGCUAUGGGACGUAUGCAUAAUCUUGGUUGUAAUGAUGGUAUUUUUCACUGGGCUCAUUUUGUUUCUACUUUGGACCCUAAACCGUUAUGGUCAGAUGACGAAUAUGGAUAUUUCCACACACUGCUCUGAGCAAAUAAGUUUAAGAUCCCUUGAGUUCCAAGAAAGUCAUGAUGUGAUCUGUGAAGUAUUCCAAGAAACUUAUGAAGAGACAAUAAUUAUUCAUCACCAACAAAAUUGUGAAAAUGAUAGCUACAACCCUCUUCUGCCCAUAAGAUUGAAUUGUAGUCAAGAGGAAAACUUGAGAGAGUAA